GGCUGAGGCGCGCGGCCGCGGGUCCCACGUGAAGGGCCCAGCGCGCAUCGCUCGGCGCGGCCGCGGCCCGCUCGCAGCCGAGGGCCCGGAAGCGGCGGGGAGCCGGAAGCGGCGCGCGGCGGCUCGAGCGGACCCGGGAGCCGGUGCUGAGGCGCCCGGAGCGCGGCGGCGGCGCCAUGUCCCUCAUCUGCUCCAUCUCCAAUGAGGUGCCCGAGCACCCAUGUGUGUCCCCCGUGUCUAAUCAUGUCUACGAGCGGCGGCUCAUUGAGAAAUACAUUGCAGAGAACGGCACAGACCCCAUCAACAACCAGCCUCUGUCAGAAGAGCAGCUUAUUGACAUUAAAGUUGCUCACCCAAUCCGGCCCAAGCCUCCCUCGGCCACCAGCAUCCCAGCCAUCCUGAAGGCCUUGCAGGAUGAGUGGGACGCCGUCAUGCUGCACAGCUUCACUCUGCGCCAGCAGCUGCAGACAACUCGCCAAGAGCUGUCCCACGCUCUGUACCAGCACGAUGCGGCCUGCCGUGUCAUCGCCCGUCUGACCAAGGAGGUCACUGCUGCCCGAGAAGCUCUGGCGACCCUGAAACCUCAAGCUGGUCUCAUCGUGCCCCAGGCUGUGCCAAGCUCACAGCCAAGCGUUGUGGGUGCAGGCGAGCCCAUGGACUUGGGUGAGCUGGUGGGAAUGACCCCCGAGAUCAUUCAGAAGCUUCAAGACAAGGCCACUGUGCUAACCACGGAGCGUAAGAAGAGAGGGAAGACUGUGCCUGAGGAGCUGGUGAAGCCCGAAGAGCUCAGCAAAUACCGGCAGGUGGCCUCCCACGUGGGCUUGCAUAGCGCCAGCAUUCCCGGGAUCCUUGCCCUGGACCUCUGCCCCUCUGACACCAACAAGAUCCUCACCGGUGGAGCAGAUAAGAAUGUUGUUGUCUUUGACAAGAGUUCUGAGCAAAUCCUGGCCACCCUCAAAGGCCACACCAAGAAAGUCACCAGUGUGGUGUUUCACCCUUCCCAGGAGCUGGUGUUUUCUGCCUCCCCAGACGCCACCAUCAGGAUUUGGUCGGUCCCCAAUGCCUCUUGUGUUCAGGUUGUUCGGGCGCACGAGAGCGCUGUGACCGGCCUCAGCCUCCACGCCACUGGCGACUAUCUCCUGAGCUCCUCCGAUGACCAGUACUGGGCCUUCUCUGACAUCCAGACCGGGCGUGUGCUCACCAAGGUGACAGACGAGACCUCCGGCUGCUCUCUCACCUGUGCACAGUUCCACCCCGAUGGGCUCAUCUUCGGAACAGGAACCAUGGACUCCCAGAUCAAGAUCUGGGACUUGAAGGAGCGCACCAACGUGGCUAACUUCCCCGGCCACUCUGGCCCCAUCACCAGCAUCGCCUUCUCCGAGAAUGGUUACUACCUGGCUACGGCGGCGGACGACUCCUCUGUCAAGCUGUGGGAUCUGCGCAAGCUCAAGAACUUCAAGACGUUGCAGCUGGAUAGCAACUUUGAGGUGAAGUCCCUGAUCUUUGACCAGAGCGGCACCUACCUGGCCCUCGGGGGCACAGAUGUCCAGAUCUACAUCUGCAAGCAGUGGACGGAGAUCCUUCACUUCACAGAGCAUAGUGGCCUGACCACGGGGGUGGCCUUCGGGCACCACGCCAAGUUCAUCGCUUCAACAGGCAUGGACAGGAGCCUCAAGUUCUACAGCCUGUAGGCCUGGCCCUUCUGACACAAGCUGAGCCUCAUCUCACUAGGGGUUAGAGUUAGGGGUGGGGGUGGGGGGAGGAAGGGGAGAGACUACUGGCGGGAGGGGGGUCCGUGGGGCGGGACAUUCACAUCAUUUCACGCCAGUCGGGGUGGUAGCCGAGAGCAUGGCAGCGCAGACCACCCUCAUCCGUGCAGCCACCGGGGCUGACGGGCCUGGACUGGAGGUGGAAAUGUCACCCUCCGAAGGCUUGGUUGGAGGCCAGGGCCUCUCCCUCCUGUCGUCCACGGAGCUGGUGCUGGUGGUCCUGCCGCGUCCGCCAUGCCCAGUUCCUGCAGACACAGGCUGAGCCGAGGGAAAUGUGACGGGGUGGGCACGAGGGCAAGUGCCGGGUUUUGUAAGCAGCGAUCUAGUUUCAUUAAAAAAAGAAAACA